GCUGAGUGGAAUCGGCCAUGUUAGCAUAGUCUGCCUGCCUGCCUGGAGAAGAACGUGAGCAAAACGCCUUUACAAGACUUCUGUGAAUGCACACAGUGAAAGGAGGAGUUUUUCUAGCUUCAAACUGGUGGUUCCAAAUUCAAAGAGGGAAAACUGAUCCGACCGGUUACAAGAGCCUGGGGGACUGUUUUAGGACUAUUUUCCAACGAGAAGGAUUGCUUGGCUUCUACAAAGGAAUUUUGCCUCCCAUCUUGGCUGAAACACCUAAAAGGGCGGUAAAGUUUUUCACCUUUGAACAAUACAAGAAGCUACUGGGAUAUGCAUCGUUACCCCCAGGACUGGCAUUUGCCAUUGCUGGCUUGGGAUCUGGGUUGACAGAGGCAGUUGUGGUUAACCCAUUCGAAGUAGUAAAGGUUACCUUGCAGGCAAAUCGGAACGCCUUCACAGAGCAACCAUCUAGCUUUGUUCAAGCUCGGCAGAUCAUUAAAACCGAUGGUCUGGGCUUUCAAGGACUCAACAAAGGUCUUACUGCAGCACUGGGCCGUCAUGGAGUUUUUAACAUGGUUUACUUUGGAUUCUACUUCAAUGUGAAAAACAUUCUUCCCGUCAAUAAAGAUCCAAAUUUGGAGUUUUUGAGGAAAUUUGGAAUUGGGCUAGUCUCAGGAACAAUAGCCUCAAUUAUUAACAUUCCUUUUGAUGUUGCAAAAAGUAGGAUUCAAGGACCACAGCCAGUUCCUGGAGAGAUCAAGUACAGAACCUGUUUUAAAACUAUGGCAACAGUCUAUAAAGAAGAAGGAUUUCUGGCUCUGUACAAAGGCUUGAUUCCCAAGAUCAUGAGGCUUGGUCCAGGUGGUGCAGUGAUGCUUUUGGUUUACGAAUACGUUUAUGCAUGGCUUCAAGACACAGUUGGUCACAAGUAGCACUUCUGAAAAAUGUACUCUUUAAAAUUAUAUGCAUUCUAAAAUACACUUUAAUAAAGUAAAAGUGAUUCUCAUCUUUUACAGUGCUGAGUGCCCUCAGAUUACACUGAUGUUAAUGUAUCAGUAUUAUACAAAACAAACUUGGUCUUCAGGUCCUGAUCCAAGAAAACAUUUAAACACAUGCUUUUUUGUAAGUGCAUAAAUAAGUAGCUCAGUUGAUAUUUGUAAUUGUUUUACUGCAUUGAGAGAAAAUAAAAAGGAGACAUAUGAACAUUAGUUUUUCAAGGACAAACUGAAAAGUCUGGACACUGAAUUAUGCUAUGUAGUCAAUACAUUAUUUGAAAAAUGUCAGCUGAAAUGGCAAGAUAAUAACUUUCAGGGGAUUUUGAAGGACAAAAUUAAAUAAUCCUGUGGGGCCAGAUACUAAACUAGUGUAAACCGAUAGCUCCAUUGGCUGCAGGUUAAGCACAUGACCCAUAGUCUGCCAACACUUGUGUCAGUCUUGGGUCCAGUUUCAGUCGAGUCCAGUACAAUUUCAACACUGAUAGAAGAGUUUCUUAAGUUGUUGGGAGUUAGGAUGGAAAAAGGACAGCAUAACUAGCCACAACCUUCAAAACACACAUACUGUUAAAUGUCCUACUUCUUCUUAGCCAUAUACGUCGUAUAAAUCUCGCUGAGGACACAGAAGAUACUGAACAUAAUUAGUCUGAAUUAAAUUAUAUAAAAUUGCAAAACAACUGUGAGAAUCAUGGAAGAAAUGAGUAAAUAAAUUAACAGAAAAAAAUACUUUUAGACAUAUGGUACUUUGCUGUGCAUGUUUUAUCUGCCUUCAUAUACUAUUGCUUAAAGAGCUGUCCUGUGUUAAAAAUACUCAAUGCACUUUGACUGUCCCUUUAGCCUUUCAUUACCAGCAGGGGAUGGAGAAACAAUGUUAUAGACUAAUAGCAUAUAUGCAGUCAUAUUUAUCUAGCCAUACACUUCAAAGAAAUGCACCUUUCUAUAGAUAAAAACUGUUGCUCUGAAGCUAAAAUUGCUCCUUUUCCCAGCCACUGUAAAUAUAAAUAAUAUUUCAGUUAUGUACUCCUGUCUUUAUUAGUUAUUCUAAGUAGCUCUGUGAAAUAUGAUAAUUUCUGCUAUGCUUAUUGAAGACAUUGUUUUCAUUCAUGCAGUUGUGCUGCUCUACAAUGUCUUUUCAAUAACUUAAAUUCUUUAAAUAAGUCUUUAAAUAACUUAAAAUUACACAUUAUUCUGUUAUAAAUAUGUUCCCCUUGUCUAAACUUGGUUUGUUGUCAAAUGAAUGCAUAUCUUGCAGUUGCUAAAAGUUUCUGUAUCACUCCAUGCUACAUUCACACUGUUAACUUGAAAUGUUCUUCCUCUUAAGGAGGUACAAGCCUUUUUCCCAGCAAUCCUAUAGAAGUAUCUUUCCAGAUUGUUACUUGAAAAUGACAGUUCACAUGUGAAGUCUCGUCUCACAACUGUUUUUAAUGCAUUAGAAGAGCAACAAAAAGCUAAAAAUAGAAAUGCAUUCUCAGCAUUUUCAAGAAUGCUUGUACUGACGUGCUCAAAAAACCUCUCUUUUGUCUAAAUUUGACAACAGCAACGUCUCAUACCUAUGCUACUUCAUAGCUAAAAUCAAUAAAAUUAGCUGUCUUACAGUUUAUAAUUUUAAGAAAAGAUGUUCCUUGUCGUUGCAUUUCAUUAUUGGUACUUAGCCAAAGAGAAGACACUACUAAAAUAAUUUUGAAAAUUAAAGCAAAAUGCUUUAUAAUUAGUCUUUUAUUAAUUUAGAGCAUUCAAAAUAUAAAAAUAAAAGGCUUUAAACAUACUGUAUAUACAUAUAUAGCCUUUGGUUUUACAUCCUUUCCAACAUGAUUUUUUUUUUCAGUUAAUAGUUCAGCCUGAUCCUUGAUAAAAAGAGAACCUUUAGAAAGCAGAAAACACAGAAUUGUUUUAGGAAACAAACCCAUGAGCAUGCCAGCCCAAUCCCUCAUCUGCCCUGGUGUAAUACGGGGUCUCAUUCAGUUUUACACCAGAGGACUUCUGUACCAGGACGAUGAAAACACAGUCGGGCUGUCAUAGAAAGGAGUAUUAGGCUUCACUGAUUUCUUUGAAAACCUUUGACACACUGGGAAUGGAGUGUAGGCUUUUUAGAUUAAAAAUUCUGCACUCACACAUGCUGUAUAUUUCCCAAAUUAAUCCAUUCACCUGAGUGGGUUCACUCCAGGUGUAUGCCCCUGUACCUGACAGCAGCAGUUGAUCCUUGAUUAUUAUUUUUAAAAAUCCCUUUUCUUCCUUCGUUUAUUGUAAAGUGGCUUAAAGUUGUGUGGCUAAUAAGCUAACAUUUUUCAGUUUACCUAUUAGUAUCAGCAGGGAAAAAAGUCCUUGUGUAAAGGAGUGUUCUGCAUCUUAGAAUUAAAAAAAAAAAAAAAACAUUGUUAGGCAAACUCACACCAAAAAAAUCCAUCACAGGCAGUUAACCAAGAGCAAGGUCAGAUACCUUUGCUCGCUUGGAGCAACCCUUUCUGCACAGCCCCAGCGACUUCCCGCUCGGGGGUAAGGUGUUGUGUACAACAGGCAGAUGUGCAGAGAGCUGUAUCCAAACAAACACAAACAAAAAUGGUUCAUGCUAGUGUAGUCCCACGUGAGGAAUAAUUAACAUCAUGUUUUGUCCUUGCUUUAUAAAUUAUCGUGAUUUAGCUGAAGACAAGAUAAUGCCAACAACUGAUAGAAGGUAAGGAUCUAUCUCUCCAAGUAUCUCCUGAAACACACUAAAGCCUCAUGGGAACGUCAGAAAAGAUGACUUUUAUUCCAGAAAUGACAUCGUGUUGCUCGGGAAAAUUUUGAAAACUUUUUACAUAGGCACACAUUGUUACGGGUUUGUGAAUUCUUGGCGCUCAAAAAGCUGUGCCUUGGAAAGCUUCUCUUCUUUUCUUUCCAGAUUUUUUUUUUCCUUUGAUGUGCCUUGUUUGUGCCGUAUGGGUAACAAUAGGGAGAUUUCUUCAAUAAUUCUGUAAUCCAGUAAAGCAACAAGGCUGAAAGCUAAAAUCCUGUUGCGAAAUUAAUCAUUUAUUGACUCAUAAUCUUUUUCUUAUUUUUUUUUUUUUCUCCAUUUUAUUUUUAGUGAAAAGCUUGUCUAGAAAUAAACUGAUUUCUUUUUCAUGGUA